AUGACAGCUCAGUGGAAGAAGUCGCCCCACCAGCUCGCCCUCCUGUCAACCGUGGAGGGCAAGUUGAAUCCAUCUUGGCCAACCGCCAAGCCGUGGUUGAUUUUCUCAACAGUAUGUGGAUCGAGUACCGAAAUCUCCGGCAUCGUGCAGGAGGACGAAGAAGAAGGAACCAACAAUGGAACCAACAACGAGGCCGAUGAAGACGUGGUGGAGGAAGACUUGGAGGCAGAAGUCGAGUUCAUUGGAAGUCGCCUUGAUCGCAGCGUCAAUCUCCAAGACAGUGACACCAGUUCCGACUACUCCGCAGCUGUGGGAUUCUCUCAAGAGCCAUUUGCCGUCGCCUCCAUUGUCCCUGUUGUCCCUGCUCGCAACUCCCGUCGUAUUGCUCUCCGUCGUAGCCAGCGCCAGCGCAAGUAG